CCUUCAAUCCUCCAAACUCCAUUACUGCAUAUUGCUUUUAUAUAUGAAAGCUGAGGGCAUAUAUAUAAACUUUGUAAUAUUAUUGUGUUUGUAAAAAUGGCAAUAACUAUGGAAGGUGUGGGUUCAUUCAUGGUGAUGGACAAACAUCGUUCUUUCCCCUCCUUUAUUCAACAAAACAAAGUUUCUGCUUUCACCGCCUUUUUAUUUCCGUCCUUGGGUAAUAAUAAGAGAAAUCAUCAGAAAAUGAUGAAAAAGCCGAGAACUACUACUGUGGCUGCUCUUAUUUUUUAUAAUCCCAUUGUGGAAGCAGUAGCAGAAAAGCCUGUGAAGCUCAAGAUCACAGCAGAGGUGACUCUGAGGAAUUGCGAGAUGGAAUACUGGGAGAAAAUGCUUCAUUUCUUAGAUAACACUUACCCUAGCCAGGGAGGUGUUGUCUUCCAGGUCGUUAGCACCCACAUUGAUCCAACGAUAAUGCAGGCAAACCUAAGCAGCGAAGCUACAUUAGAAUGGUCCAUAAGCAAUAAAACUGAGGCCAAACAAGUCACUUACAAAGUAGAAUUUCAGGUAGAUUCAAAUUUUGGGAUUCCAGGAGCUAUCACAGUGAUUAAUAAAUAUCACAAGGAGUUCUAUCUUGAAAGCGUCAACAUUGAAGGAGUUGUCCACUUUGCUUGCAAUUCUUGGGUUCAACCAGACAAGAUUCAUCCUGAGAAAAGGAUCUUUUUCUUUAACAAGGCAUAUUUACCCUGUCAAACACCAUUAGGGCUAAAAGAGUUUAGAGAAAGUGAACUUGAGCAGUUAAGAGGUUAUGGAAAGGGAGUCAGAAAAUUAUCAGAUAGAAUAUAUGAUUAUGAUGUAUACAAUGAUUUAGGAAAUCCUGACAGAGGAAUGGAAUAUUCAAGACCAACUUUAGGAGGUGAGAAUUGCCCAUAUCCAAGACGGUGUCGUACUGGACGUCACCCAAACAACACAGAUGUGAGCACAGAAUCCCCAGUGAAUGAACAAACGCCAAUGUAUGUGCCACGAGACGAAGCGCUUGACGAUUCUAAAACUAAAGCUGUGGCUGCAGGAAAGUUGAAAGGAUUGCUCAAAAAUUUAAUUCCUACACUAAGAAAUGCCUCCAUGAACAGUGAUUCUAUCAAGGAUUUUUCUGAAAUUAAUUCUCUGUAUAAAAGGAGGACUCCCUUGGGAGUACAGUUACCAAUUGAGAAUUGGAGCAGGCUUCCACUGCCAUCUAUGCUCACCAAGAUCCCGCAGUCCAUAAAAGAAAUAUACAAAUUUGACCCUCCAAAUGGCAUAUCUCGGGGAGCGUCUUGCUGCUUGCGAGAUGAUGAGUUUGGUCGUUUAACACUUAGAGGUUUAAACCCUUUAAGCAUCGAAAGGCUUAAGAUUUUUCCUCCUGUAAGCAAACUGAAUCCCUCCAUCUAUGGUCCACAAGAAUCUUCGCUCAAAGAAGAGCAUAUCUCAGGCUAUCUUAAUGGAAUGACCGUACAGCAGUUAAUGGCAAAGAAAAAGUUGUUCAUUCUGGACUACCAUGAUAUCUACCUUCCAUUUCUGAAUCGCAUAAAUGCUCUUGGUGAAAGGAAAGCUCAUGCAACCCGUACAAUAUUUUUCUUGACUCCAUUAGGAACAUUGAAACCCAUUGCCAUUGAACUCAGCCUUCCACCUAUGGAUAUGAAUUCACCAUCUAGGCAGGUUGUUACCCCUCCUGUGGAUGAUACCACUUAUUGGCUCUGGCAACUAGCCAAAGCCCAUGUUUGCUCCAAUGAUGCUGGUGCCCAUCAACUAAUUCAUCACUGGUUGCGAGUUCAUGCAUGCAUGGAACCAUUUAUAAUAGCUGCACACCGGCAAUUAAGUGUGAUGCACCCUGUUUACAAGCUUCUUAAGCCUCACAUGCGAGAUACAUUGGCUAUAAAUGCACAGGCUCGUGCAAUUCUGGUCAAUGCAAAAGGAAUCAUCGAGUCCUACUUCACUCCAGAAAAAUACUGCAUGGAGAUUACUCAAUCUGCCUAUAGAGAUUGGUGGAGAUUCGACUUGGAGGGCCUUCCUGCUGACCUUAUUAGAAGAGGACUGGCAGAGCCUGACCCAACCCAGAAACAUGGGUUGAGAUUACUUAUCGAAGAUUAUCCAUAUGCCAACGAUGGACUUCUUAUAUGGUCGGCCCUUGAGACAUUGGUUAGAACCUAUGUGAACUAUUAUUAUCCAGAGGCAAGUUUAGUCCAAUAUGAUACUGAGCUUCAAGCCUGCUAUAAUGAGUUCAUCAACGUGGGUCAUGCUGAUGUUUCUCAUGCCGAUUGGUGGCCCAAACUCUCAACUCCAGAGGACCUCACCUCCUUCCUUACUACCAUUCUAUGGAUUGUAACAGCACAGCACGCAGCAUUAAAUUUUGGGCAAUAUCAUUAUGGUGGGUACAUCCCAGUUAGGCCACCCUAUAUGCGAAGGCUGGUGCCUAAUCAAGGAAAUGCAAAUUUUCUUGCAGACCCACAAGGUUAUUUCUUAUCUUCAUUGCCAAGUCUUCCUGAAACGACAUAUUUCAUGUCUGUGCUUGAUAUACUUUCCAUGCAUGCAACGGAUGAGCAAUAUAUUGGUGGUAGGAAAGACCUUUCAACAUGGGGAGGUGACACUGAGAUCAUUGAAGCAUUCUACAAAUUCUCAAUGGAGAUAAAGAAGAUUGAAAAAGAGAUUGAAAGGAGAAACGCUGAUCCGAAACUUAGCAACCGUUGUGGGCCUGGAAUUGCACCUUAUGAAUUGCUCCUGCCAAGCUCAGGUCCUGGCGUUACGGGCAGAGGGGUACCCAACAGUAUAUCAAUAUGAACAAUAGAACUUAUCUAGAGGAGAAAUUAUAAGAUAUAUCAGUGAUUCCAGUAGGAUAUAUACAUAUGUGGUGAUAAGUCAAUUAAAAAAAAAAAACAUAUAUAUGUAUAAGUACAACUCAGAAAUAGCUUCAUUGGUUUUCUA